AGAGGAGAGACGGAGACAGAACACAACCACACCGAGCCCCAGCGAAGGUUUGCUUCUCCAGGCUACCAAUGAAUACCCCUCGCAUUCCUAUGUCUGCCAGUUGACACACUGAACGUGAAGGAUCAGGCUUCAACCCCUGCGAGGAUUCAGGAGUCCUAUAGCGGGCUGCGUGUUUUUCCAGGAGCACCUGACAUUUUCUGUGGCAGAUUUACUUACUGGAUCAUGGCACAGACCAACAGCAGUGGGCAAGGGACCAAUGGGGUAGCGGAUGAGUCCCCCAACAUGAUAGUGUACAGAAAGAUGGAGGAAGUAAUAGCACGCAUGCAGGAUGAGAAAAAUGGUAUCCCCAUCCGAACGGUGAAAAGUUUUCUAACCAAGAUCCCCAGUGUUUUUUCAGGUUCUGAGAUUGUACAGUGGAUGAUCAAGAAUUUGGACAUCGAAGAUCAAGUGGAGGCGCUUCACCUGGGAACACUGAUGGCUGCACAUGGUUACUUCUUCCCCAUCUCUGACCAUGUCCUCACGCUCAAAGACGAUGGCACUUUCUAUAGGUUUCAGACUCCAUACUUUUGGCCAUCAAACUGCUGGGAACCUGAAAAUACAGACUAUGCUGUUUACCUCUGCAAAAGAACAAUGCAAAAUAAAGCACGUCUGGAGCUUGCAGAUUAUGAGGCGGAGAGCUUAGCAAGGCUACAGAGAGCUUUCGCCAGGAAAUGGGAAUUCAUUUUUAUGCAAGCAGAAGCACAAGCAAAAGUGGACAAGAAAAGAGACAAAAUUGAGAGGAAAAUUCUCGACAGUCAGGAAAGAGCAUUCUGGGAUGUGCACAGACCAGUGCCUGGAUGUGUGAAUACGACAGAAGUUGACAUAAAGAAGUCCUCCAGAAUGAAAAAUCCCCACAAAACCAGAAAGUCUGUGUAUGGGCUGCAGAAUGACAUCCGCACCCACAGCCCAACCCAUACCCCCGCUCCAGAGGCCAAGCAGCCUACAGAAGAAGAACUGCAGGAACAGAUCACCUUUUGGCAAUUACAAUUAGACAGGCAUCGACUGAAAAUGUCCAAAGUGGCAGAGAGUUUACUGGCUUACACGGAGCAGUAUGUUGAAUACGACCCCUUCCUCACGCCUCCAGACCCAUCCAACCCUUGGAUCUCAGAUGACACUACUCUCUGGGAGCUUGAAGCCAGUAAGGAGCCGGGCCAGCAGAGGGUAAAGAGGUGGGCUUUUGGCAUCGAUGAGGUUCUCAAAGAUCCUGUGGGGAGAGAGCAAUUCCUCAAGUUCCUUGAGUCUGAGUUCAGCUCUGAGAAUCUGAGGUUCUGGCUAGCAGUCCAGGAAGUAAAGAAGCGUCCCAUCAGAGAAGUUCCCACUCGGGUUCAGGAAAUCUGGCAGGAGUUUCUGGCCCCUGGGGCCCCCAGUGCCAUCAAUGUGGACUCCAAGAGUUAUGCCAAAACCACUCAAAAUGUCAAAGACCCUGGACGGUACGCCUUUGAGGAUGCACAGGAACACAUCUACAAAUUGAUGAAGAGUGAUUCUUACAGCCGUUUCAUCCGUUCCAGUGCCUACCAGGAGUUAUUACAGGCCAAGAAGAAGAAAAGUAAGAAUUUGUUCUGAAGAGUCUUGCUUCCAGUACAGGAGGACCUGCUGGCAUACACAGGAUUGACAAGUUGUGUGCCAUCAUGCUUAAAAAUCAAUGGCUUCCCUCUCUUUGGGACAUGGAGAGGAAGAUCAUGCCAUCUCUUCAUCAUCAUUGUCUGUCAUCUGCUCUUGGCUCAGCCAGAUGAUGAGCCAAGCUGCCUACUCGUCUGUUGUCCACAGGAUGUUGCAUGUCCAUGGAGAGGGUGUUUCUGCUUCUCUCUCUCUCCCAGUACCUGAUAUAUUUCCACUAUUCUCAGAAAGAAAGCACUGCUAGACUUGUGAUGAUACUGACAGACAGAUAAAAAAAGAAAGAAAGAAGAAGAAAGAAGUCAAAAUCAGUGGUCCAGUUUUUUUGUUUGUUUGUUUUUCCCAAAGAAACCGCUGAAUUGGAGCCCUCUCUCUCUCUUCCAGCUGAACAAAUGAUGUCAGAGGAGAACAAGAAAAAAAAAACAUAAAAAAAAUAAGAAGUGACAGCUUGAAUUGAAUCUGACCAAUGUCAAUGCUUUACAGAAUAAGACUUACAGAUACAGUAUGUCACGCUACGGGAAGUGUUGUGCAGAAUGAAUAUACGAUAUAUAUACAUAUAUAUCUAUAUAUAUAUUAUGAUUAUGAUUAUUAUUUAUUGUGCAUUUAUUUUGCCUUGCAUUAUUUCAUUGCAAUACAAGAAUUAGCACAUAUGAUUGUCAUUGCACCUGUAAAGUCGCAUUCAAAAUUUACAAAAAUGCCGUCUCCUGUCUUAUGUAGAACAUAAUUCUUUGUUAUUCUCUUCUGCAUUUAUUUUUAUACCAUAUUUAAAGACACUUUUACUUACUUGUAUUAUUAAAGUUGGCCCUCUAUCUGUUAUUAUGGCCUGGGCUUGUGUUUUCCUUAAUUUCUUUUUUUGGCACACAAAGUUUGAUUACAGAAGCUCAGAA